GGGAGAGCCCCGCGCGCACGGCCCGAGCGCCCGCUCCCGCGCCCGCGCCCGCGCCCGCGCCCGCUCCGCACGGCAUGCUCGGCCCCCGCCCGCUGGCCGCGCUCUGCGGCGCGCUGCUCUGCGCCUCGGGACUCCUCGCCGCCUCGGGUGACUUCUGUGACUCUAGCCAGUGCCUGAAUGGUGGGACCUGCUUGUUGGGCCAGGACAACACUCCCUUCUACUGCCUCUGCCCCCAAGGCUUCACAGGCCUGAUCUGCAAUGAGACUGAGAAAGGCCCUUGUUUUCCGAACCCCUGCCACAAUGAUGCCGAAUGCCAGGUGAUCGAUGACGUGCACAGAGGGGACGUCUUCACCCAGUAUGUCUGCCAGUGUCCUCAUGGCUACACAGGCACUCACUGUGAGAUCACCUGUGCCAUGCCGCUGGGCAUGGAGACGGGCUCCAUUGCCGACUCGCAGAUCUCUGCCUCUUCUGUGUACUUGGGCUUCAUGGGUUUACAGCGCUGGGCCCCAGAGCUGGCUCGUCUGCACCGCACAGGCAUUGUCAAUGCUUGGACAGCCAGCAACUAUGAUAAGAACCCCUGGAUCCAGGUAAACCUGAUGCGGAAGAUGCGGGUGACAGGUGUGAUGACACAGGGCGCCAGCCGUGCAGGCAGUGCUGAGUACCUGAAGACUUUCAAGGUGGCCUAUAGCGUCAAUGGACGCAAGUUCCAGUUUGUCCAGAAUGCAGAGGGGACAGGAGACAAGAUGUUUGUUGGUAACAUGGACAACAAUAGUCUGAAGGUCAACCUGUUUGACUUCCCUCUGGAAGUGCAGUAUGUGAGACUGGUGCCCAUCAUCUGCCACCGGGGCUGUACCCUCCGCUUUGAGCUCCUUGGCUGUGAGUUGAAUGGAUGUGCCGAACCCCUGGGCAUGAAGGACAAUACCAUCCCUGACAAGCAGAUCACAGCAUCCAGCAUCUACAGGACCUGGGGCCUGAAUGCCUUCAGCUGGUAUCCCUUCUACGCGCGGCUGGACAAGCAGGGCAAGUUCAAUGCCUGGACUGCCCAGACCAAUGAUGCCUCGGAGUGGCUGCAGGUGGACCUGGGCUUUCAGAGGCAAGUGACUGGCAUCAUUACCCAGGGGGCCCGAGACUUUGGCCACAUCCAGUAUGUGGCAGCCUACAAGGUAGCCUACAGUAACGACAGGACGAACUGGACCGAGUACAAGGACCAGGGGGCGAUCGAAGGCAAGAUCUUCCCUGGCAACUUGGACAAUAAUUCGCACAAGAAGAACAUGUUUGAGAUGCCCUUCCUGGCUCGUUUUGUGCGCAUCCUGCCCGUAGCCUGGCACAACCGUAUCACCAUGCGUGUGGAACUGCUGGGCUGUUAGUGGUAGGCCUGGCUGGAGUGCCCGGAAGGGCCGUGGGGCACCUGCCCCUUACCUGGUCCUCCUAGCCUUCUGUUGGCCUGCUGUCUCCUCCACCCCACCUCCUGAUUGUAGGCGACCGGGGGCAGGGGUUUCAGCCACCUCUCCUUCCCUCCUCUUUCCCCUCCCCCCCACGAGGCCCUGGCACCCACCCCUCCUGCCAUCCCAUUUUCUUAGGCACUGUGGGAGUUGAGGUGGUCCGGGAUGGACAGAACAGGGUGAAAUAGGGAGCGAGGGUUACCUGCACCUCUCCAGAUCCCUGGUCCUAGUCUCCUGUGUUUCCCCUACACUCUCUGCCACAUCCUACGUUCCCACGGCCCGGAAGAAGGCCCUGAGGCGCCAGGCUGGAGAUAACAGUGUCUUGUCCCUUGGCAGGAUGCUGCCACUCCUGCCGCUGCCACCUAGCCUCCAGCACUUCCCCCUUAUCUCCCUGGAGGACCUCUCUUGACCCUUGGUCUAAAACGAGACAGGAGGCGGGGGGGGGGGGGCAGGCUAU